AGGAACUUUUCAACCUAUCAUUUGCCUUGCAUCCAUUGGAAAAUUUUGUUGGUGGGCAAUUUUUGUCGAAGAAGAAAAUUUCAUUUUCAUCUAAGAUGUGUUUUGUGGCAUAAACCAUCUUGUAUGGACUUGUUUUCUGCCCUUCAUUAGCUGUUUACACUUUAUGCAUCGGUGGGUCCAUGUGUGGGAACCUAAAAAUAAUUAGAUCUAUGAAUAAAGAAUGGCAACAGCUACUGGUGAGAUUUGUCGUUCGCUGGGCUCCGGACUCUCCAAGUUGCAGUUUGCUCCAUUUAGUAGUGCCUUGGAUGCGGGAUUCUGGCAUGAAUUGACCCAGAAGAAGCUUAAUGAGUAUCGCCUGGAUGAGGCACCAAAGGAUAUUAAGGGUUAUUAUUAUAAUGGUGAUUCGGCUGGCUUGCCAGCACGUUUGACUUUGGAGUUCAGUGCUUUUGAUAUAAAUGCUCCUACCCCAGCCCAUUGCUGUCCAGCCAUCGGAACCUUAUUUAACACCAACACUCUCGAAUCCUUCAAAACUUCAGAUAAGAAGUUACUUUUGGAAAAAGCAGCACAAGAGAUUUGGGAAUCAAUUAAAUCUGGUGCUGCUCUGGAAAACCCUGUGCUCCUUAACAAGUUUCUGCUGUUGACAUUUUCUGAUCUAAAGAAAUAUUACUUCUACUACUGGUUUUGCUAUCCUGCUCUCUGCCUUCCAGAGGGUAUACCCCUUCUUCAGGAGCCAAUACGUUUGGAUCAAAAGUUUUCUCCUAGUCAGAUUCAAGCUCUUGAAUGUGCAUAUGAUAAUCUCUGCCAGGCAGAAGGAGUGACAGCUUUGCCUUACUUUUUAAUUAAGUAUGAUGUAAAUUCUGUACUGAUCUCCUUACUUAAAGACUACAAUGAUUUCUUCCAAGAUCAAAGGAAAAAGAUUACGAUUGGAGUUUAUGAUCCCUGUAAUUUAGGACAAUAUCCUGGAUGGCCAUUGAGGAAUUUAUUGGUCCUGGCAGCAUACAGAUGGAGUGAUCGUUUCCAGUCGGUUGAAGUCCUUUGUUUCCGGGACCGGACCCUGCAGGGGAUGAGGGACAUCACCCACAGCAUCAUCUUUGAAAUUCAGCUUCCAGAACUGGCAUACAAUUCAGAUUGCCCAAAAGCUGUUGGUUGGGAAAAGAACCAGAAAGGAGGCAUGGGCCCAAGGAUGGUGAACCUCAGUGAAUGUAUGGACCCCAAAAGGCUGGCCGAAUCAUCUGUGGAUCUGAAUCUUAAAUUGAUGUGUUGGCGGUUGGUGCCUACUUUGGACUUGGACAAAGUUGUGUCUGUUAAAUGUUUGCUACUUGGAGCUGGUACCUUGGGCUGCAAUGUAGCCAGGACAUUGAUGGGCUGGGGAGUCAGACACAUCACCUUUGUGGACAACGCAAAGAUCUCCUAUUCGAAUCCCGUAAGACAACCUUUGUAUGAAUUUGAAGACUGCUUGGGAGGAGGAAAGGCCAAGGCCCUUGCUGCUGCAGAGAGGCUCCAGAAAAUAUUUCCAGGAGUGAAUGCUGCAGGAUUUAAUAUGAGUAUUCCUAUGCCGGGUCAUCCUGUGAACUUUUCCAAUGUCACCAUGGAACAAGCUCAGAAAGAUGUGGAACAACUUGAGAGACUCAUCGAGGACCAUGAUGUGAUUUUCCUAUUGAUGGACACCCGGGAAAGCAGAUGGCUUCCUGCAGUCAUUGCAGCAAGCAAGAGGAAGUUGGUCAUCAACGCAGCCUUGGGGUUUGACACCUUUGUGGUCAUGAGGCACGGACUAAAGCAGCCCAAGCAUCAGGGGGCAGGGGACCCCCACCCCAGCCACGCCACUGCCCCCUCGGACCUGGGAUCAUCCCUUUUCUCCAACAUCCCUGGCUACAAGCUCGGCUGCUACUUCUGCAAUGACGUCGUGGCCCCAGGGGAUUCAACCAGAGACCGGACCUUAGACCAGCAAUGCACCGUCAGCCGGCCCGGGCUGGCCAUGAUCGCAGGGUCGCUGGCAGUGGAGCUCAUGGUUUCUGUCCUGCAGCAUCCAGAGGGAGGCUAUGCUGUUGCUAGUAGCAGUGAUGACCGCAUGAACGAACCUCCCACUUCACUUGGAUUAGUGCCUCAUCAGAUCCGAGGGUUUCUAUCAAGAUUUGAUCACGUUCUUCCUGUCAGCCUGGCCUUUGACAAGUGUACUGCUUGUUCCACUAAAGUCCUUGAUCAAUAUGAGAAAGAAGGAUUUAAUUUCCUGGCAAAAGUGUUUAAUUCUUCACAUUCCUUUUUAGAAGACUUGACUGGACUUACUUUGCUACAUCAAGAGACUCAAGCAGCUGAGAUCUGGGACAUGAGCGACGAUGACACCAUCUGAAGCAGGAGCAGACUCCUGGUGGUCCCGGGCUCGGGGCGACCGGCCGCCAUCUCCCCUCCUGGUCCGCUUCUCAUCCAGACCCAGCCGGUGUUUGGGAGCCGAUUCACCUCGGGGCCCAAGCUGCACUGACUUCUGGGAGCUGUAACUCUCCUUUGGAAAUGGGGUUUUGUAGACAAACGCUUGCUCAUCAUGUAUAUUCUGCGCUGUGAUUCAUGGGUCACGUCCAUUCUCUCCCUAGCAGGCAGUUUCCAUUUUUUCUGCUUACUUUUCCCCUCAGUCCUGGGCUGAUUUGCUUUGGAAUUUCCAUGCUGUAGUGCUUUGAACCCCUGUCCCAAGCUCCCAGUUUUCCUAACCUUGGCAAACAUUUGAUAUUCAGACUACCAGGGACUGCCCCGCCCCCCCAGCCGCCACCUGGCUUCCUGCCAUUCCCCACUGGAACCAAAAUGUCCCUGCUACCUUCCUGGUUGGUUCUUCCUUUAGCUGAGGGUGUCCAUGAUGCCCUUUGGGAAGGGACCAUGCUCCUGUUCCUUAUAGAAUACCUGGGUGUGGGGAAAGCCCAUCAGUGGGGCCGGGAGGCCGGGAAGCCCAUCCUGUCUUCUCUUGGGCCACGAGUUCUGUGGCCCCCAGGGUUUGGGGGCCCCAGGGUUUGGCUUUAAGGUACCCAGAACCUGAGGGGCCUUCUCCGUCAGAAGCCCUUCAGACCCGGUUCUGGGCUCAAAGCACAGCAAUAACUUUCUCCACCAGGGCCUUCUCGUCCCCCCACUUCCCCGGGGUGCCUGGCCCAGCACCCACCAUGCCCUUGGAGGGCAAACACAGGGAUGGAAAGUAUUUCUGCCAGUAUCUUGAGCUCGGCUCAGCUCCAAGCUUGCCAACAGCGGGCCGGGGCCCAUAGGUGCUGCCCCAAACCUUCGCCCUGCUCUGCGAGAUGGUGAGGGCCAGAGAGGAGCCUGCAGGCGUUACCUGGCACAGUCCCCACCAAUGAGCUCUGGGCUCUGAGGCAGGUCGUCUCGUCUCUGUUUCCUAGUCGGUGAAAUGAAAGGGAUGGGGCUGGGGACCAACUGUGAAAGGCCUUCCACCUGGGACAGAGCCUGGUGGGCCACUUUGAUAGGCCAGGAUCUCUUGCCCCACAGGCAGGCUCCCUCAUUAAGAGGAUUCCCCAGAGGUCGCCUCCCCUUGUUCCAUCACCUGUCCCUGCGUCUGGAGAAGCAGCUCACCCUGGCACGGGGCACAGAAUGGGAUGGGGGAGAAAAGGGCCGGUGGGAAAGGCAGGGGGAUACUAUCCGGGGUGAUGAAAGCCAUAUGAAUGAGUAAAACAGGGAUUAAAAAGAUCAGUAAGAGUA